GUUGGACGCUCAGCCGACUGAGCCACCCAGCUACCCCAUGUUCUUUCUAAAAAGACCUAUUCUGCUUUCUAUUUCAUUCCUGAAAAGGAAGUCUAAUUUGUCACCCCAUUGCCUUUUUCUCCCUCUCUGGUGACACUCUCUUGGUCCGUGGAAAUACUCAUCUAAUCCAUUCAAAGGUGCUGGUGCUGCAUUCCCUUCUCUGGCCCCUCAAGAACGGGACCUGAGUGGUUGGAAAAGAAUUCCAGCCAGUCAAACGGUUGUUGUCUAAUGAGAAACCUAGUACGCUCGUCCUGAUCAGCACCCGGUGAUGUAGGGAAGUGUUGAAUCACCGUAUUGUACAUCUGAAAUGAACUGAACUGAAAUUACACUGUAGGUUUGCUAACUGGAAUGAAAAUAAGUACUUGAAAGUAAAUAAAUACAAAAUAAAAAUACUUGCGCGGUGGGGAAAGAGACCUAGAAAAGCUCUUAGCCCUCGUUAGCUGCAAAGGUAAACUUCCGCGAUCUUUAGCUGACUGACAGCGACAGUCAUGUGAUACAAUCAAACAUUAACUUUGAGCGUAGAUUGGUUCUUGCGACAUAUAAGUAGAGGAGGGCAAACUUUUGGCAGGUGAGAGGCUUGGUAGCCGAUACAGGAGAACCAUGGCAGCGAGGUCCCGGGGGCCACGUCCGCUUGUGCUGAGCCUGCUGCUGUGUGCCCUGAAUCCCCUUCUGUCCCAGGGCGGGAAGCUGUUGUUGGUCCCAUUGGACGGCAGCCACUGGCUGAGCUUGUUCGGGGUCAUCCAGCGGCUGCACCAGCGGGGACACGACGUAGUGGUCAUAGCUCCUGAGGCCUCCGUGUACAUUAAAGAAGGAGCGUUUUACACCUUGAAGAGCUACCCCGUCCCAUUCCGGAGGGAGGACGUGGAAGCAUCUUUUACUGGUCUUGGGCUCGAGGUUUUUGGGAAGAAGCCUUUCCUGCAGCAUGUGGUCGAGACAUACAAGAGGGUCAAGAAGGACUCUGCUCUGCUUUUGUCUGCCUGCUCCCACUUACUGUACAACAAGGAGCUGAUGGCCUCCCUGGCGGAAAGCGGCUUCGAUGCCAUGUUGACAGACCCUUUCCUUCCUUGUGGCCCCAUCGUGGCCCUGCGCCUGGCACUGCCUGUCGUGUUCUUCUUGAACUCACUGCCAUGCGGCCUAGAUUUUCAAGGUACCCGCUGUCCCAGCCCACCAUCCUAUGUGCCCAGGGUUCUGUCCCUUAACUCAGAUCACAUGACUUUCCUCCAGCGGGUGAAGAACAUGCUCAUUCUUGUGUCAGAGGGCUUCCUGUGCAAUGUGGUUUAUUCCCCAUAUGCAUCACUUGCUUCGGAAGUCCUUCAGAAAGAUGUGACUGUCCAGGACCUUAUGGGCUCCGCAUCGGUCUGGCUUUUCAGAAGUGACUUUGUAAAGGAUUACUCCAGGCCCAUCAUGCCCAACAUGGUUUUUAUUGGUGGGAUCAACUGUGCCAGCAAAAAGCCACUGUCCCAGGAAUUUGAAGCCUAUGUUAAUGCUUCUGGAGAACACGGAAUUGUGGUUUUCUCUUUGGGCUCCAUGGUCUCAGAGAUUCCCAAGGAGAAAGCUAUGGAAAUUGCUGAUGCUUUGGGCAAAAUACCUCAGACAGUCCUGUGGCGGUAUACUGGCACUCCACCACCAAAUCUUGCGAAGAACACAAUACUUGUCAAGUGGCUUCCCCAGAAUGAUCUGCUUGGUCACCUGAAGGCUCGUGCCUUCAUCACACAUUCUGGCUCCCAUGGCAUAUACGAGGGGAUAUGCAACGGUGUUCCCAUGGUGAUGCUGCCCUUAUUUGGUGAUCAGAUGGACAACUCCAAGCGCAUGGAGACCCGGGGGGCUGGAUUGACCUUGAACGUCUUGGAAAUGACUUCUGAAGAUUUAGCAAAUGCCCUAAAAGCUGUCAUCAAUGACAAAAGCUACAAGGAGAACAUCAUGCGCCUGUCCAGCCUGCACAAGGACCGCCCCAUCGAGCCCAUGGACCUGGCUGUGUUCUGGGUAGAGUUCGUGAUGAGGCACAAGGGGGCCCUGCACCUGCGCCCUGCAGCCCACGAUCUCACCUGGUACCAGUACCACUCUGUGGACGUGAUCGGCUUCCUCCUGGCCAUUGUACUGGGCGUUGUCUUCAUCAUGUACAAAUGCUGCGCCUUCGGCUGCCGGAAGUGCUUUGGGAAAAAAGGACGAGUUAAGAAAUCUCACAAGUCUAAGACACACUGAGAGGUGGGUGGGAAGUGAGGUGACCCAAAGUGGCAACCAGAGGCAACGUUAAAUUUAUGUUAUGCUUAUUCAAGAAAUACUUAGCCCUAAGGGAGAUACCCCCGUGUUUUUUUUUUUUUAAAUAGAAACAAUCUAGGGGCGCCUGGGCGGUUCAGUCAGUUAAGCAUUUGACUCUUGAUUUUGGCUCAGGUCAUGAUCUCACGGUUGUGAGGUCAAGCUCCGAGUUGGGCUCUGCACUGAGCGUGGAGCCUGCUUGGGAUUCUCUGUCUGCCCCUCCCCU